CCUCACACUACCCAUAAGCGACAGCCUUCUAGACUACCUUGCACGAGAUUCAUGAUUUAUUUUUGUUUUUAGCAUCCUGUAAAAUGAAUAGGUCGUCGUCUCUGGAGCGAGCCCGACUGCAUAGCAGCCGAGACGCCCAGUCUCGGUUCUUGGUGCCCACGGCCGUCUCAGACGGCCCUGGACUCCUUGUACGGCUCGACGAAAUGAAGCGUGAGUUCGAUCGUGUCAACAAAAUCGAGCGCGAACUCGGACGCAUCAACAAAGUCGAGCGCGAGCGUAUUGACGAUUUAGAGUCACAGAUGCGUAAAGACAGAGCGCCUGGUUCUCCUAAGCUAGCCCCUCCUCCGGGCGCUCGAAUAAUGAAUGCCUAUGGUAAUCCGAUCGAAGCACCUCCGGUUCAUCUAGAAGCCAAAACGCCUUACCACAAUAUCUACUAUGAUAGAAAUGUGCGUACUAUGAGUCAAGAAAACCCCGAGGAUCCGUUCGUGCCACCUCGCCGUACUCCGCUUAAUGUAAAUACUACACAGCGAAGAUAUGCUGCAGAUAUUGAAACUGCGGAGCCGCUCGCGGUGAGGGAGAGAGACAUACCGUAUCGUUUUCGAGAUAACAGUGGCAAGUCUGAUGGCAGGGAUUUAUCAGGGCCAGGAAGGGAUUAUGAGCGCUAUCCAUGGUGGCAGGACCAAAUUCCUAACUACGACCCUCGAAAUGGGGUUUCUUUGCGCGAUCAAAACGAACGGGGUAAAAUGACAAGUGUUUCGCGGGAGAAGGUUCAGUCUCAAGCUCGCGGAAGUUCCUCGGAUGCUGUCAACGUUACAUGGAACCCUUCCUCGCCUCGUGAUACAACCGUUCAUCUGGAACUUGAUGUAGAGGAUGAUGUCGAGAGCCGACUAGAAGAAUUCUCCCGCUUGGUUAGAUUAGGGCACUUCAAAGAAGCCGAGCUGCACUUUGAGACGCAUCUCUUCGACCACAACGACCUGGAACCCGUCCUCUUAGAGUACUCAGACAUGCUUCUAGAUCGUGGAAACUAUACGAAAGAUGAAUCACAUAAGACACCUCUUCCGGGUGGCGACGGCCCAGAACCUGCACAAAAUUAUGGUACGGAAAGUGAACGUCAUGCUCUGAACAACGGCAACUUCGGUCCUGGCAGGUCCAACAUCAUGGCUAUGGAGAGAGGAGGAGUAACCCCCGGACAAUUACCAGAGCCUGUUACGAGAACCGAGAUUAGCAUCUACCUCCGCUCAGCGUAUAGGGAAUUUCAUUCCAAGGGUCUUUUUAAAAAGGGACUUCAAACCGUAGAAUUGGACGAGCUCUCAACAUACAUCAACACAAGAAAGACGGACAGACAACCUUGCUCAUCAGAUCUACAAAUACUUCAAUACUACCUCAAAGUCCUGUCUUAUCUGAGAGAUAAAUCGAGUUUUUUUCCGCCUUUCAUGUAUUCCGGUAUCUGGUCUGAACGGCCAGGGUUGUAUAAGUCACUUCUAUCGGAUGGGCGAAUAUGGGACGUCCGUGAUAUAAUUUCAGCAUCUGUGUCAGCUCUAGGACAAAAGCAUACCUGGAAAACCUUUAUUGGCGCCGAUAUAUACUCCUCCGCUUUCUUUGCUGACUUCCUACGCGAUUGGAAUCUUGAAGAGUACGACGAAUCAUCAUAUCUCGCUACUCUCGAUAUCCUGGCAACUCUAGGCCAGAGUUUUAUUUCGCAGCUCCGCCCUAGGCUUAAUCAGCAAGCUAUUGGCAAUGCAAAACAAGUGUUAGAGCUUGCGAGGAGAUUCUCUACUUGUAUUAAGGACAACAAUCCUGAGCAUGUCAAGUCAAGGCCAUAUUUAAGAUGGAUAUUAGCAGAGGCGGAGCUAGCAAGACACGUGGCAGGCUUUGGAAAUGAUGCAACAUCGACGCAAAAGAGUUUAAGGAGGUUUCCUGGGCUUACCGUCUGGUUAAACGCAUUACCUAUUUACAUUCCGAUCAGUGCUGAAAACCCAGGAUGGUGUGCCAGUACUCUCCAGGGCAACUCAACCGACCUAUUGCAUACUGGUCUAAAAGCUGCUCAGGACCUAGGAGAUUACCGUAUGGAGGCAAGCUUUCUUAGAGAGCUCGCCUGCCGGUCUGAAGAUCCUACGGAACUACUUGCAAAGCUUGGCAACUUACAGAAGUUAACGCAAGGGGACAUGGUUGGCUAUCUGCAAACAUGUCUUACAAAAUACCUUCUCGCACAUGACGAAGCACAACUCCAAGCCCUAAGGGAUGAGCUAGCCGACUUUGAAGACCAAAUGUCAUCACCGCCAAACUUCGCUAGAAUUCUGGAAAACCCCCUCAUGGAGUGGUGCAAACGGAUGAUUCAAAGUGCAUUGUUUCGAUUCCAGGAACAAUUUACCGUGCAACUAGAAGAGGCCCAACGUGCGGCAAGAGCUGUGGCUGGGGAUUUGCCCCAGGACAUGAUUGUUGACUUAUCCAACUUCAGCUUUUACAACCAAAUGGCUGAAGAUGUAAGGCAACCGUUACCCCAAUACCAGGGUCAUUCUAAGGGAGAUUCUGAAUUGGAGAGAAGAAAGGUAUUAGAAGAACGUCAGCUAACCCAAGAGAUGAUGCAGGCUCGCAUAUACGAGCAGGAAAAGUCGAAGACGGAAAAGGAAGCCAAAGAGAAGGAGUACCGCUCCAGAAAAGAAUUGAUCAAAGCAAGGAUAGCCAAGAAAGAAAAUGCAAAGAAGGCAGUUGAAGACAUCAUAGAGGAAACAGAGCAGGACUCAAGUACAACCUCAAGUACAACAGACGAUGAUUGGGACCCCAUCUAUUCAGGAGAUAUAGAGCCAAGAGAAGAACAAUCAGUCGCACAAUACCGGGAAUAUAGUAGACCCCAGGUUGAGAUUUAUGAUGGACAGCAAGUUGAAAAGAUUGAUGAUGGGCCGCAAGUUGAGAAGAUUGAUGAUGGACCGCAAGUUGAGACGAUUGAUGAUGGGCCGCAAGUUGAGAAGAUUGAUGAUGGACCGCAAGUUGAGACGAUUGAUGAUGGAUCGCAGGUUGACGAUACUUGGGACCCCAUCUAUUCAGGUGAUAAAAAAUCAGAAGCUAAACAACCAGUCACACAAGACGAGAAGAGUGAUGGGCCGCAGGUUGAGAUUGAUGAUGGACCGCAGGUUGGGAUUGCCAAUACACAGACGGAUGAUAAAAAUCACGCAGCAGAUGAUCCUGGAGAUACCAAGAAUGAGGGUUCAAAUGGCGACAAUGAAGCAAAGGGUCCAGAACAGGACCCUGAGAUGGAACCACCCCAAAGGAGACCGACAUUCGCUUAUGUUGAAGGCACCGAGGAAGAUAAAUAAUGCAGGGAGACUAUGCCAGGAAACAUAAGUAUGUAAAGAAGGAAGCAGUAGAGUCAUCCUUCAUUUCUGCCCUACUCGAACAGAUAAAGUUCGCAGCAAGCGGAAACUAUUGAAGAUGGAUAUUUCUUAAGGGCUAUUGUCAAGCUCAUAUAUAUCAAAUGGAUAUGAUGAACCCUUCUCGAGGAGAACAAACGGAUGGUGAUAAAUGUCCGGCUGAGUUGCAAGGGUGGCAAGUCAAGGAGGUAAUGCCCGUCCCAUUGAUUUUUAGUGGGUCAGGUCGCGCUAUAGUACGGUGUUGGGAGCUUGGACCCCCACUCGGCGGUGCCAGCGGCCCGAUCCACCCAUGGCAGUUGCCAAGGAACAGUCGUAGCCAUAUCUCUAUACUAAGGAUAAAAUUGUAAUUGAUUCGACUGGUUAUUUUACG